AUGUCCGACAAGGCGAGCACGCCGGCUGCAGACAGCGCAGCCGGUGCCAGCUCAAGUGCGUCGUCGACAAAUGCCGGGACCAGCUCCAAUGGCGCUCCUAAGAAGCCUCUGCCGCAACAGAACCCGGCAUUCAGGGCCAUGGGCCUUCCCAGGCUUCGGCUACCAUCAAGAAACUGGAUGAUCUUUCUUUCCAUAACCGGAUCCUUCGCUGGCGCUGUCAUAUACGACAAAUGGCAGACGAAGCGUAUGCGGGAAAAGUGGUGCAAUAUGGUCUCACACAUCGCGGAGGAGCCGCUCGAUACCAAAGUAGCACCACGGAAAAUCACGAUCUACCUGUCCGCACCUCCAGGAGAUGGACUGAGAAAUGCACGAGAACACUUUCACAACUACGUGAAGCCCGUGCUAGUAGCUGCGGCCAUGGACUGGGAUGUUGUGGAAGGUCGAAAAGAAGGCGAUGUUCGACACAAGACAUCCGAGAAGAUCAGAAAAAGGAGAAAGAGGAAUGGUGAAGGCUUGCCCCAAGCUCAGAAAGAUGAGGAGGAGUAUACUGUGGAGUCACUGCGAGAGAAGAACGGGUAUGUGGAGUACCCAGGCGUGGCAGGAGACCUCGUAAUAGGGCGAAAUACCUGGAAGGAGUACAUAAGAGGUCUUCACGAAGGUUACUUGGGCUCGGCUGAUCCCCCGAAAGAACUGGAAAAUGAUCAAUCUCCAGAGACACCGACGAGCGCGCAUACACCUGGACAUUCUUCCAUGGGAGACGCGGCUGUUAAGGCUGCCACAAAUAUCGUCGGUCAAGAUUCGGUUGACUCCCCAACGCCUUCAGAAGGCACCCCUGGCGAUGACGCUUCACCUGCAACAGAGGAAUCGCUAGCAGAUGCCGCAACUGAAGCUCCUGCUGAAGAGGUCAAGAAAGAGGAAGAGAAGCCCAAGAGACGGUUCCCGGCUCCAUACAUCUUGCCUGAGGAUUACGAGACCGCUACCUUAUCGCGCUCUACGCCUGAAAUCAUAGGCCCCAGUGUUGGGAUACGGAUGCCUCAUCUACUAGGCAUAAGAAACACGCCGAUCAGAAUAUAUCGCUUCUUGACCAGAAGGAGAUUACAAGACGACGUCGGACGGCAGGUCGCAUCUGCUAUACUGGCAUCGCACAGACCAUAUGGAAGUGUGGGUGCUGUUGACGAAGAUUCCGCUUCAGACUCGACGGUCGAAGUGCCGGAACAGAAGACGGUACUGGACUUCGAAGAGAAGGACUGGUGGAAAACUAUCCAUGAACCGCGAAAGGAGCAUGAGGAGAGCGUCUGGAUUGAGCCAAUGAAGCUGGAUGAACGCAUCAUCUCUCGUAUGCGGGCUUUUGAGCUCACUUCCGAAGAUGAGGCCAUAGCGAAGAGAAUAGAAGCCGGCCAGGAAACCAAGAGGAACGAAGACUGA